CAAAAUUUAGAAUACGAAAAACUUUAUGGUUCAAAUUGAAAUAGGAGGCUAAAAACAAAAAUUGAAUUUUUCAGGAAGAAUAUAAUAACAACACAAAAGAGCUCUCUCUCUCUCUCUCUAUAGAAGGGAGGAAAUCAAAAUUCAAACGCUACUGAUUCUAUUUCUACAUCGGCGUGCAUCUCGGCGCUCCUCACUCCUUCCUUCGGCGCUGAAAUCGCCGACUAGGGUUUUUUUUGUUUUCAGAUCUCCGGCGGUUAUUCUUCUUCCUCCGCCCAUGGACUCAGAUUCCUCUAGGUCGCGGAUUGAUCAGUUCUAUGUUUCGAAGAAGAGGAAACACCUGUCACCAAAUUUGAAGUCUGGGAGAAAUGAGAAAAACGUGAAGGUGACAGGAGAAAGGUCUCCUGGAGAUAAAUGUACUUUGGACAAUUACUUGAAAGCCUCUCUGGAUGACAAGAACACUGCCAAUAGUGGGUUGCAGGCAAGGCAGGAAGCCUUUACAAAAAGAUUGGCUUUGGAGGUUUCUGGCCCUUCUGCUACUGAAAGUAUACACCCACGCCUGCCUAAACCUCCAAGUGCUGAAACUUCUAAAGGAUUUGAAGGGUGUUCAAACCAGAGCGGAUCUCAAGUUUUGCGUAAAGAAGGUGUUGCUACUGCUGAAACUCAUGCAGCAGAUGAUUUGCUCUGUGCUAACCAGAAAGAUAGUUCAGAACUAAGAGACUUUGCCACUGGUUUCUUGUCCUUGUAUUGUAGGCAAGUGCGGUCUGUCGUUGGCUCACCUCCACAUCAGAAAGCAAACGAACUGAAGCGUAGAAGCAGUUCAUCAUUACUUGCACAAGAUAUACAAAUUUCUCACAAGAGGCGUUGUGAUUUCGAAGAUGUACCAUCACUAGAUGAAUUUGCAUAUCCUCUCAGGAGUAAGCCUGAAUCACUCGCUAGCACUGCUGAUGAAAGAGCCAAAUAUAUCCCAGACCCUACAAAGAAGAUUCCAAGCAAUGAAUCUGUUGAAAAAAUUCCAUUGGGCUUGAGGAAAUGUACUAAGGCACCAGAAUUAUCAGCUCAUCUAACUGAGUGCCACACGCCUGGACCAGCUGUUAAAUCAUGUCCUGUUGGAACCCCUAAGUCAGGCAGUGGUAGCUCAAUGUUCUCACCUGGAGAGUCUUUCUGGAAUGAAGCUAUUCAAGUUGCUGAUGGUUUGUUAAAUCCAACUGAGAAGUCUGAUUCAGUAAAGAAUAAAGAUGGAGGUCAACAUGUAACUAUUCUUUCAUGCAGCGAUAAAACAGAUAAUUGCAGUGACAAGUUAAUGAGAAGUUUAGAUUUAGAUGAAAGCAGAGUAAAGGAUAAAGAUGCCAUUGGUUAUUCAAAAGUCGCGGAGAAACAUGGGAGGGGUUUUGAUAAAGAAGUAUCUCCAUUCCCUGUCAAGAAUCUGGAACUUUUGUUUCAAGAUAAAAAAACAAAUGGAGGUACCGGAGAGCAAUGUGCUUCAUUUGAUCAAAAUAACAUUACUGGAGGAAGCAAUAGGAUCUCUGAAUCUGCCUUUGUUGAUAAUAAAGGAUCUGAAACUCUUGAUAUCGCCAAUAAUGCUCUGGCAAACAAAAAUUUGAUAGGCAGGAUGUAUCAAGAACCUGAAGGAAAGAAAGAUUUUGUGUGCGAAGACAAUGAUAGUGUAAGAUCUGUUUCUAUGAUAAGCAGCAUGAGGAAGCCAACUGAUUCUAGUGAAUCUGAAGAAAGUCAUACUCCUUUAAGCUCUCAUCAUAAUAAAGAUGGUUUAAAUCUUAGCACCUGGCUUCCCUCAGAAGUUUGCAGCGUAUACAAUAAGAAAGGAAUAUCUAAACUCUAUCCAUGGCAGGUCGAGUGCCUUCAGGUAGAUGGUGUUUUGCAGAAGAGGAAUCUGGUAUAUUGUGCUUCUACAAGUGCUGGUAAAAGUUUUGUCGCAGAAGUCUUGAUGCUGCGCCGGGUCUUAACAACUGGGAAAAUGGCAUUGCUUGUGCUACCAUAUGUAUCCAUUUGCGCUGAGAAGGCGGAACACCUUGAGGUCCUUCUUGAACCACUUGGUAAGCAUGUUCGUAGUUACUAUGGAAAUCAGGGUGGUGGAACACUUCCUAAAGGCACUGCUGUGGCUGUCUGCACGAUUGAGAAGGCAAACUCUUUGAUAAAUCGCUUGCUUGAAGAGGGUCGCUUGUCUGAACUUGGGAUCAUUGUUAUAGAUGAGCUACACAUGGUGGGUGACCAACAUAGGGGUUAUCUUUUGGAACUUAUGCUGACAAAACUUCGCUAUGCUGCCGGUGAAGGCAGUUCAGAGUGUAGUAGUGGUGAAAGUUCAGGGAAUAGCAGUGGCAAGAAUGAUCCUGCUCAUGGCCUACAAAUUGUGGGUAUGAGUGCUACAAUGCCGAAUGUUGGAGCAGUUGCUGACUGGCUUCAAGCAGCUUUAUAUCAGACGGAGUUUCGACCAGUUCCGCUAGAGGAGUAUAUUAAAGUUGGUAACACCAUCUAUAAUAAAAACAUGGAAGUUGUGAGGACUAUACCAAAAGCUGCUGAUAUGGGAGGAAAAGACCCAGACCAUAUCAUUGAGCUUUGUAACGAGGUUGUUCAAGAAGGCAAUUCAGUGCUGAUAUUUUGCUCGAGUCGAAAAGGAUGUGAAUCAACUGCUAGGCAUAUUUCAAAGCUCAUUAAAAAAGUGCCCAUAGACGUUGAUGGUGAAAAUAGUGAGUUUAUGGAUAUCAGAUCUGCUAUUGAUGCUCUGCGAAGGUCUCCAUCUGGAGUAGAUCCUGUACUAGAAGAAACUCUUCCCUCAGGGGUUGCCUACCAUCAUGCUGGUCUUACAGUCGAAGAAAGAGAGAUUGUUGAGACCUGUUACCGUAAGGGUCUUGUACGUGUCUUAACGGCUACAUCCACUCUCGCGGCGGGGGUUAACCUGCCUGCAAGGAGAGUCAUUUUUCGGCAACCAAUGAUUGGCCGUGAUUUUCUUGAUGGUACAAGGUACAAGCAAAUGGCUGGUCGAGCUGGGCGGACUGGGAUUGAUACAAAAGGAGAAAGUGUGUUGAUUUGCAAACCAGGAGAACUCAAGCGAAUAAAGGCACUUCUAAAUGAAAGCUGCCCACCUUUGCAGUCUUGUUUAUCUGAGGACAAGAAUGGAAUGACUCAUGCAAUAUUAGAAGUUGUGGCAGGUGGAAUUGUACAGACUGCCAAAGAUAUACAUCGCUAUGUUAGGUGUACUCUUCUGAAUUCUACAAAGCCCUUUCAAGAUGUGGUCAAAUCAGCUCAGGAUUCUCUUCGGUGGCUGUGCCACAGAAAAUUUCUUGAGUGGAAUGAAGAGACGAAGUUAUACACUACAACACCCCUUGGACGUGGAUCUUUUGGCAGCUCACUCUGCCCAGAGGAGUCACUUAUAGUGCUGGAUGAUCUUUUAAGAGCACGUGAAGGACUAGUUAUGGCUUCUGAUUUGCAUUUGGUCUAUUUAGUCACUCCAAUUAAUGUUGGUGUUGAACCGAACUGGGAAUUGUAUUAUGAACGGUUUAUGGAACUGUCUCCGUUAGAACAGUCUGUUGGCAAUAGAGUUGGAGUGGUCGAACCGUUUCUGAUGCGCAUGGCCCAUGGUGCAACAGUGCGCACUCUUAACAAACCACAAGAUGCAAAAAAAAGUUUGCGUGGAGAAUAUGACAAUCGGCAUGGUUCAACGAGCACUAAGAUGCUUUCAGAUGAACAGAUGCUUCGAGUGUGCAAACGAUUUUUUGUUGCUCUCAUCUUGUCAAAAUUAGUGCAGGAAGCUUCUGUGACUGACGUUUGUGAAGCCUUUAAAGUGGCCAGAGGAAUGGUUCAAGCGCUACAAGAGAACGCUGGAAGGUUUUCUUCCAUGGUUUCGGUGUUCUGUGAGAGGCUUGGAUGGCAUGAUCUGGAAGGCUUAGUUGCCAAAUUCCAGAACCGUGUUUCAUUUGGUGUUAGGGCUGAAAUUGUUGAACUUACUAGCAUUCCAUAUAUAAAGGGUUCAAGAGCUAGAGCGUUGUACAAAGCUGGCUUGCGCACAUCUCAGGCGAUAGCUGAAGCAUCCAUCCCUGAAAUUGUCAAAGCUCUCUUUGAAUCUUCAGCGUGGGCUGCAGAAGGUACAGGACAAAGAAGGAUACACUUGGGAUUAGCCAAGAAAAUCAAGAAUGGAGCGCGCAAAAUUGUUCUUGAGAAAGCAGAAGAGGCUAGAGCUGCUGCAUUCUCUGCUUUUAAGUCACUUGGUUUGGAUGUUCACGAGCUUUCGAAUCCCUUGCAAUUGGUUCCUGCUAGGAGUCCCAAUGGACAAGACGCUAUUGAAGGAGACAUUUCUGGAGGCUCUGUUGGUCCCAAUAGAUUUACGGAGGGGCACAUGGAAUGUGAAAACUUUGGUGAGGAUAAUCGCAGAGAGAAGCGAAGGGAGGUAUCAGGUGCUGUCUUAGGGGUUUCAUCAGAAGUUAACUUGACUAGUCGACCUCUUCCUGAUAUUCAACCCAUAGGAACUACAGUCGGCACGGAUGGGCCUAAUGCUGCUAGUAUUCUUUCCAAUGAAGACAAUGUUGAACAGCAUUUGACAGAAAAUGCCCAUAUUCCUCCUAGCAAUAAGGAUAAUGCAGUCCAGAUUCAGGUGCUCAAAAGUCCUGCCAUUUCAAUCCAAAGAUGUGCUCGCCUGAAUCUUCCAGAAGGGAACAGUGAUCUUGAGUUGGUGGAUGGAUCUUGGUUAGUGAUGCCUCCUCUUCGCAUAAGCCACACCAUCGACAUGAGCAUCCUGACGUGGAUUCUUUGGCCAGAUGAGGAAAGACAUUCAAAUCCAAACAUAGAUAAGGAAGUAAAGAAAAGACUGUCCCCAGAGGCAGCUGAAGCAGCUAAUCGCAGUGGCCGGUGGAGGAAUCAGAUCCGAAGGGUUGCCCACAAUGGUUGCUGCAGACGGGUUGCUCAAACACGAGCCCUUUGUUCUGCUCUUUGGAAGAUCCUUGUUUCCGAAGAACUUCUUGAAGCACUGACAACCACUGAAAUGCCGCUGGUUAAUGUCCUUGCAGACAUGGAGCUUUGGGGUAUAGGCGUCGAUAUAGAAGGAUGCUUUAAGGCACGCAAUAUACUGCGGGAUAAACUGCGGUCCCUUGAGAAGAAGGCAUUUGAAUUGGCUGGCAUGACAUUUUCAUUGCACAACCCAGCCGAUAUUGCAAAUGUGCUGUUUGGCCAGUUGCAGUUGCCCAUACCAGAAAACCAAAAUAAUGGGAAACUUCAUCCAAGUACUGAUAAGCAUUGUUUGGAUCUUUUAAGGAAUGAGCAUCCUGUUGUCCCAAUUAUCAAAGAGCACCGCACUUUGGCAAAGCUCUUAAAUUGUACACUUGGAUCAAUAUGUUCGCUUGCUAAACUACGCUUGAGCACGCAAAGGUACACUUUGCAUGGCCACUGGCUUCAAACAUCAACAGCAACGGGGCGGCUUUCCAUAGAGGAGCCUAAUCUCCAAUCUGUUGAGCAUGAAGUAGAGUUCAUACUGGAUAAAAAUGGAAACGAAGUAAAUUCAGAUGCUGAUCGUUACAAAAUCAAUGCACGUGACUUCUUUGUUCCUACUCAGGAAAAUUGGUUACUCUUGACGGCAGAUUAUUCACAGAUAGAGUUGCGACUCAUGGCACAUUUUUCUAGAGAUACGUCGUUGAUUACAAAACUUAGUCAGCCAGAAGGUGAUGUCUUUACGAUGAUAGCUGCAAAAUGGACUGGAAAGGCUGAGGAAUCUGUUAGUCCACAUGAUAGAGAUCAGACCAAAAGAUUGAUCUAUGGAAUUCUUUAUGGGAUGGGUGCAAACAGGCUUGCAGAACAGCUCGAGUGCAGCUCUGAUGAAGCCAAGGAGAAAAUAAGAAGCUUUAAAAGUUCUUUCCCUGCAGUCAGCUCUUGGCUUAACGAAACGGUUUCAUUUUGCCAGGAAAAAGGAUACAUUCAGACUCUUAAGGGAAGAAGGCGGUUCUUGUCGAAAAUUAAAUUUGGGAAUGCCAAAGAGAAAUCAAAGGCUCAAAGGCAAGCUGUAAAUUCCAUGUGCCAGGGAUCUGCUGCUGAUAUAAUCAAGAUCGCGAUGAUAAACAUAUACUCUGCAAUUUCUGAGGGUGUAGAUACUGCAGCAUCUAGUUCUUCAGCUGAAACUAAGUUUCACCUGUUGAAGGGACGAUGCCGAAUUCUUCUACAGAUACAUGAUGAACUUGUGCUGGAAGUUGAUCCUUCUUACGCAAAGGAAGCAGCAGUGCUGCUACAAACCAGCAUGGAAAAUGCGGUUUCACUUCUCGUCCCUCUGCAUGUGAAACUGAAGGUUGGGAAAACAUGGGGUUCUUUAGAGCCGUUUCAGGCUACUUAAGACAUCCUCAUAAUCUCAAUGUCUUUAAAUCUCAAUUUAAGAGACUCGGACAGCUUGCGCAACUCGCUCGUACUUGUAUUUGAUGCGUCAAAAUGUUGCCACAUCCACGGGUUGACUUAGCGGCAUGCUCCUGUUUCAUCUUCAUGAAGUGAUGAAGAUAAAUGAUUUCAGAGGUUUAUUUCUGACAUCCGUUGCCUGAAAGAUGAGCGGUGGAGAUGGAAAGGAAAGGAGCAUUCCAUGAGGGACUCUUCUUAUCAGCUUCAAAGAGACUCUGUAAAGUUCCAACUUCCAACCAAAAAGGAGGUGACUUCAACAGUUAUUAUAGGUUUACUUAGACAGUGACUUUUAUUAACAUGACCAAAAGAUUAGGCAAGGUAAUUACUCUUUUUGACUGUAAAUACACUGUCAACUUCAUUGUAUAUGUACUCAUGGUUUCAAAAGAGAAUUUUGUACUCUGUUCUACAUAUUCGGAUUUGAAUUUUGGGGAAAGUAGUUAUUGAUGGGCGACGAUUCUAGAGUAAGGUCUCUCCAGAAUUCUAAACUUAAUUGUUAUGUUGAUAUAAUUGAAAAAAAAAAGAGUAAAAACCAAUAUUAG